AUGAGCCCUCAGAGAGUGCAAUAUUUCAUGGAUAUGUUACUACAUCAAUAUCGAAUCGAAGCGAUCUUAUCGACGCAUUACAGUCCGUGCCUACAAUCGUCAUUGUAUUUCUUGCUUCUAGAGCUAACAUUCAUCUUCUUCGAAUCCCCGACCCAACGUCUCGACACUUCUGGCGAUAGAUUCGACAUGUUCAGACGGCUGGCUAUGGCAACUCAUGGCGAUCUUCUCGUCGUCAACAAAAGCGAUGUAGCUACGGUGAUGACGGAAGUAUUAUCAAAUUACAACAAAAUGGAGAAUGUUGUUGUCCGUUACAAAUUUAACUGCAGCGAUCUCUAUGUUCUGAGCAUUCCCACAGGAGAGGAUGUGAAAAUACUUCUCACUAUCGAUAAGAACGAAGGAAACCCCACUACAUUUAUUCCACCUUAUGUAGUUGACUUGAAUGGUGAAAACUUGACGGAAACAUCGUCAGGGACUUACUAUUCGUUCUACAUACUUCCUAAUACAACAGUUUAUGUCCGCGUUAUUUCGCAGACACCUGGCCUGAUCUGUUCGCUGAGAGCAUUUGUCAGUUCGGCGAGAACUAUGCUUCUCAGCUAUACCGAUAAUCCUCUAAUCGACAUUGGUGAUCCUGUUCGUUACGCUGGAAUUCCACAGCUUGCGACAGGACUUCCAAUAGGAUAUCCCGAGCCGGUAACCAUCGUGAUUCAACCGAUUGAUUCCACAACAGGGUCCCCGUUUCAAGAAGUGACUAUUGGAUCACCAGAUGUGUCAACGAACAGUCAAACCGUGUCUUCAACAGAAAGUACCGAUAGCGAUCCUGAGGGUCAAUGCCCACAAAUGAAUGUGAAUGCGCUAGCGGAUCCACGACAGCAUGCGUUCAAACAGGUAAUCCAGUCGGUGCUCUCCAAUCCUUCGAUUAUGUGCUACGCAUUCCGAUUCCGGUUGGAAUCGUAUGGACGAGCGCAAGACCCAGAAAACGCUUUCGCUUUGGGUGUAUGCCUGUUGAUUUUAAAUUGUCAGUUCCAAUCCUCAUUAGGAGAUCUCCCAUCAAUACUGCUAAAGAAAUUGCCUGACUGA